GAGAGGAUGUCACUACUACCAAACAGACCCGAAUACUGUGUCAUCUUCUGCUGUUGGUGUGUUACCAUGACAAAUGCUUAUCGGAUCUCGAAGCAGUACAACACAUUGACACGUCCGAUUUCCAGUUUAGAUUACAAUGAGGUCUCCCCGUAUGAAGAUUACUUCGGAGCGCCACAAUGCCCACCCUUCUACCCUAAAAACGAUUAUUACUUCAGAGCCCCACAACGCCAACCGCUCUCCCCCAAAAACGACGAUUACUUCGGAGCCCCACAACGCCAACCGCUCUCCCCCAAAAACGACGAUUACUUCGGAGCACCACAACGCCAACCGCUCUCACCCAAAAACGAUUACUUCGGAGCACCACAACGUCAACCGCUCUUUCCCAAAAACGACGAUUACUUCGGAGCCCCACAAUGCCUACCGCAAUACCCAAAAAAUGACGAUUACUACGGAGCACCACAACGUCAACCGCUCUUCCCCAUAAACGACGGUUACUACGGAGCACCACAACGCCGACCGCCCAACCUUAGAAACGACGAUUACUUCGGAGCACCACAACGCCAACCACUCAACCCUAAAAACGACGAUUACUUCGGAGCACUCCAACGCCAACCACUCAACCCUAAAAACGACGGUUACUUCGGAGCACCACAACGCCAACCACUCAACCCUAAAAACGACGAUUACUUCGGAGCACUCCAACGCCAACCACUCAUCCCUAAAAACGACGAUUACUUCGGAGAACUCCAACGCCAACCACUCAACCCUAAAAACGACGGUUACUUCGGAGCACCACAACGCCAACCACUCUACGCCAAAAACGACGGUGAUUUUAGAGCCUUAUUGAAGUCCGCUUCUGCUGAGAGACUCAGAAAAGCCAAUCCCUUAGUGAAGCCCGCUUCUCCUGAAAGAGUCAGGAAACCCUAAGCCUUCGUACCCAAUUGAACAACUCGGGACACACAUCGCACCUACCUAUUUACUUUCCAAAGAAAAUUUAAGUUGAUGAUUUUAAAAAACUUAGUCAGUAAAUGAAGUGUAAUCCAUGCUGGAAUCAGAUACGACUUUUUAGGUGGAAGGAAAAAUAGCAGCUUUUUUGUUGCCUGGUGGAAUAAAAAAGUGGAAAAGAAAAUUGCAGUCCCUUAACGACUGCAAAACAAGACUAGUUUAUAACAAAUGUAUUUUUAAAAAAGAAGAAAAGAAAUUAAAACUGUAAAGAGACGACACGAUAGAGUUUGAA